AUGAACACCACGUCACAGAGCAAAAGGACAUUUUCCCCACUAAUAAAUCUCUGGUCUAUGGGAAGCACGUACAUUGAUCACACAACAGCUUCAGUAAAAUCAAGACUUAAAAGUGAUACUGUGACACUUGUUGAUGGCAAUACCUGCAAGCUCAUAGGACAGUUUGAUGAUGUACAUAAUUGUCUGCCUGCACAAAUUGCAUCUAAGUUCAAAUGUGGAAUGCCACGGCUUUGGCAUAAAGUUUUAGAUAUGAGGAUUGUCUACGCUGACAGCAUUGAAGGCUAUGAAAAGCAACAGAUUACAAAGUGCAGGUCACAAGAAAAAAUGUGA